CUUCUCCUCCUCCUCCCGGUGGCUCCGUCAGUAGUAGCGAGGUCUGGUCAGAUUUACACAGUUAAGGACCACAUAGGUGGACAGUCGGGACAUCAUGGGCAUCAAAUUCUUGGAAGUGAUAAAGCCAUUCUGUGCAGUGCUGCCAGAAAUCCAAAAACCCGAGAGAAAGAUCCAGUUCAGAGAGAAAGUAUUAUGGACUGCCAUCACUCUCUUCAUCUUCCUGGUGUGUUGUCAGAUCCCACUCUUUGGCAUCAUGUCCUCAGACUCUGCAGAUCCAUUCUACUGGAUGAGAGUCAUUCUGGCCUCAAACAGAGGUACCCUGAUGGAGCUGGGUAUCUCGCCUAUUGUCACCUCAGGCCUGAUCAUGCAGCUGCUUGCUGGAGCUAAGAUCAUUGAGGUUGGAGACACGCCAAAGGACAGAGCCCUCUUCAAUGGAGCUCAGAAAUUGUUUGGAAUGAUCAUCACCAUCGGCCAGGCCAUCGUGUAUGUGAUGACAGGCAUGUAUGGAGAUCCCUCUGAAAUGGGUGCUGGAAUCUGUCUGCUCAUCAUCAUUCAGCUGUUUGUGGCCGGGCUGAUCGUGCUGCUGCUGGACGAGCUGCUCCAAAAGGGCUAUGGUCUUGGUUCAGGAAUCUCGCUGUUUAUCGCUACCAACAUCUGUGAGACGAUCGUGUGGAAGGCCUUCAGCCCUACGACUGUUAACACUGGAAGAGGCACAGAGUUUGAGGGAGCAAUCAUUGCGCUUUUCCAUCUGCUGGCCACUCGCACAGACAAAGUGCGUGCUUUGAGAGAGGCCUUCUACAGACAGAACCUGCCCAACCUCAUGAACCUCAUCGCCACAGUGUUCGUCUUUGCUGUAGUGAUAUACUUCCAGGGAUUCAGGGUCGAUCUACCUAUCAAGUCAGCCCGCUACCGUGGCCAGUACAACACCUACCCCAUCAAGCUCUUCUACACCUCCAACAUCCCCAUCAUCCUGCAGUCUGCCCUGGUCUCCAACUUGUACGUUAUUUCCCAGAUGCUCUCCACACGCUUCAGUGGCAACUUCCUGGUUAAUCUGCUCGGUACUUGGUCUGACGCAACAUCAGGGGGUCCGGCCCGUGCCUACCCUGUAGGUGGACUCUGUUACUACCUCUCUCCCCCAGAGUCGUUUGGUUCUGUUCUUGAUGACCCAGUCCAUGCAGUCAUCUACAUCGUCUUCAUGCUCGGAUCAUGUGCCUUUUUCUCCAAGACCUGGAUUGAGGUCUCAGGCUCCUCUGCUAAAGAUGUGGCAAAACAACUGAAGGAGCAGCAGAUGGUGAUGAGGGGACACAGAGAAACCUCAAUGGUCCACGAACUGAACAGGUACAUUCCUACUGCAGCUGCCUUUGGUGGACUGUGUAUUGGUGGUUUAUCAGUAAUGGCGGACUUUCUGGGAGCCAUCGGCUCCGGCACUGGUAUCCUGUUGGCCGUCACCAUCAUCUAUCAGUACUUUGAGAUCUUUGUGAAAGAACAGAGCGAAGUCGGCAGCAUGGGGGCCCUGCUCUUCUAGAAAAACCAACAUCUUCCCACCUUCUACCAACUUUUAUUAGAAUCACCAACUUUGCAUUUAUUUUCCAUCUAUGUGAAGCUCCUGCGUCGUCAGCUCUCCACUUGCAGGAUGUCUGAGGAAUCUUGAGGAAUCUCAGCUGAAACGGGACCGUGCGAGGCAGUGGGGCUGCACAGCUUGUUGCUCGCUCCUUGCAUCUUCCAAAGUAACACAGAGACUGACACUAAGUUUGUACUUCAUCAGAUUUUCUAACUGACUCAAGAUCAUAGCUUCAUUCGUGUUUGAGAUGAAGUCCUGCAGGAGUUCGGUCCUUUUUUUCAGACUGACAAUAGAGUGCUUCAGUAUGCAGGCAUACUCGACACGGAUGAUGGAGGUCACCUGCCUGCUGUGUGCAUAAACGCACCCGAUGUUCUGCUUGGUGUUAUCUUAGUUUAUACUUUUACUUUCAGCUUUAUUUUAUUUUUCAACCUGCCAACUGUGUAAAGGUGUGGAACAGGAGCAGAACUAUCAAACGCUGAGUCAAGUACUGUCACUCUCCUGAUCUGUGACCCUGUGUCAGCUGUUUUUGAACAGGGUCUUGUAAGAGGAGGAUGUGGAGCUCACAUUGGGGUCCAACCGUCAAAAAUUGUUGGACUUAUGUUUGUCAUCGGAUGAAACGUUCAAGAAAAGGGUCCUCGCUGUUUUAAUGUAGGACAUUCCCAGGGAGCUGCAGUAUUAACUCACAUGUCACAUUCAUAUUUGUGUCCCACUUCCUAAGAUUUUGUUUUGUUUUUUAAUUAAGCAUAUUUGCUUUAAUUUCUUUUCCACACCUGAAAAAAAGUUAUGAUUUCCUGUACAUAGGCCAUGCAUUGAAUAACUGAAUUUGUCUUACAUGUAAGAUAUCUUUUGAAUAUGUAAAAAAAAAAAUGCAUUUCAGAACAAACUUAUAGAAAAACAUUCUCAAUAAAACCUUUUUGUGGAAAAAGGA